AUGUUUACUAAAUCAUCAACUUACCAACCAUUGAGAAGAUCAAUAAUGACUCACACAAGACGUCAAUUCAGCCAAGUAACUGUCUUGAGCCAGCCCCAAUACAGACAACAAUUCCCACAGUCACAAGGAAAUCUGUACAAUUACCUCAGCUAUUUUCAACUGAAACUGAAUGCAACUACUGGUUAUAACAAUGACGGUGAUGUCAACCGUACUACUACAAGUUGCAGUGACGGUAGCUCUACUACCUCAAGCAAUUCUAGUCGAGCUGAAGCAGCAGAAGAAGAAGCAUCCUGGCAUUAUGUCGAUUUGGUUCAUCCACACGUGGCUGAAUUUGCCGAUUUGUUUUGA